UUUGUGAGACACAAGACACAAGAUUUCUGGGAGUCAUUAGGAGAGUUCAAACCUUUACUGUCGAGACUGAGGUCUGUUCUUUGUUAGAUGAGAAACAUUGCAGUCUGUCCAAUUUAAGAUAGUAGAUGUACUGAAGACCUCAGGAAGACUCAAGUACAUUAUUCACUUCUUUGUUAUGGACUGUGCAGACACCAGGAAAUCGUCAGGGAAGGUGUUAAGAAAUGAUGCCGUUUUAAAAGAGAGGGCAAAUACCAUGAAUAUAUGACAGUGGAAAAAGCCACGGAAACUUUUCAAGCAAUAAAUCCAGCCAUGGAGACGAAUGCUGCCCCAAGAGAAGCAACUGCUGCGUCUAAAGAUCUGGAGGUUGCUGGGAACUGUCGGCAGAACAUUUACCAGGAGCCGAAUCUUCGUCUUGUCAAUGAUUCUUUCCUCAGUGAACAGGAGAAGCUGCGGCAGGUGUUGGACUGGGCUCAAAGAUUCCUUAGCAGCGGAUCAGAGGUUUACCAUGAAUUCUGCAGCGCUGACGGUUCGCUUUUGGCAUUCAAAGAGGAUGAAAAGAAGAGGGGAACGGAGAAAAGUUCACCUGCAUACAAACAUACAUCUGCUGUGAAAUUCCAUCAUCCAGUCCCCAGCACCUGCAAUGAGGUAUUUGAUGGAGGGAGUACAGGGAAGGUUUGGCAAAUUAAAACAACCAAUUGUGAGAAUAAGGAAACAAAUCUCUGUGAAUUUAGACCUCCUUUACAAGAAGAUCUCCACAUUCCCUUCUGCUUUACUUCAGGGAGAGCCGACCAACUGAGGCCUGAGAACAGAGAAACUGAAAAUAUGAAAAUGAUGGAGCCACAGCAGACCACCAAUAAACAGAGACCAAGCCGAGAAAACUGCACAACAAGUGGACUGCACGUAUCGAAUCAAAGACACCGAUCAAACAUAUCUGACAGCGGCCCAAAUCAGACGCUUGCAUCUGCAACUUGCCUGAUCAAAGAAUCCGCAUCGCGCUGGGACAAUGUCAUUCGUGGAAAGAGCACAUUGUUCGGUGCUGCGAGCACCUUAAAGCGUGAUUCCACAAAUAUGAUUCACGAAGCAGCAAAAGCUCAGGCCAAAGGAGAAACAGUGGUUGAAGCGAUGGCGGAAGUUGAGAGGGACACGAGCGAUGCUAGAUGCCUGGAGGAAAAUGAGGGAGAGAUUUCCAAAGAACACGAAUCCAGCUCAGCUCCUGCGGUGUUUUCAAAUGAUGAAACGAGUCACAGUGAGCCAGAGGAGACACCCAGACAGAUGGGGAAGAUUGAAAUCCCCAGUUUUUCCCAUCACUUGAAAAUACCAUCAGAUUUAACUGUGUAUGAGCAGUACCAGCUUUGUGUUGCCCAUGUGCAUCACCUCAGACUGAGAAGAAGUCAACGUAUUCAACCAGGGGGCUUCACAGCGUCUCCUUCAAAAGGGAGGGAGACCUCUGAAGGGGCCGCAGCACCUGUUGAAGCACCGGCCCUUCCUGCGUCUUUCCCUAAGUUGAACUCUUCCUCCACAAAUCCUGAGACCAAGACACAUUUUAAUGAAGCAAGAAGCAAAGAGUUUACAGCUGCAGCAAUCACAGAAGGGAGGAGCUCAGACGACUCAAAUAUGAACCAGGACAGAAGCACAUACAUUACAUGCGGGUCAGCACUACCUGAACACGGGGAAACCAAAUACUGUGACAGUUUGAUUUUGGAGAAAAACAGACUUUUGUGUCAGAACAACACUGUUCACAGGACUGCAGGAGCCAAAACCUCAAUUCAUGAGGAUAUUCACACACGCGUGCAGAGCUUGAGGGCUGCACCUGCUGUUCCCAGUGUGGAGGAGAAUGCUUCAGUUGUUCCUAACGCAGGACCAAAAUAUCAUCAGAGUGAUGUCAAAGGUCAAGAGAAGACAGCUGGGAUUCGGUGUCUGCAGAAGCUCAAUGAGACGUCCAGCAUGUCCUUGUCUUCUAUCAGAAAUGGAGGGAUAUUGCCAAGACCUCAGUCAGCAGGAGCAAGCAAACACACAAAGAGGCCGAUCGCGCAAACGGGCACAAAGAGGCGCACACCAGAGGACAGCGUGAGGGAAACAUGCCUGCAGCCUAAAGACACGCACACACGUCAUCGUGAUGAUACCAGACCAACAUCGCCAGUAUCGCGUGCAACAGUGCGUGUGAACAACGCUGACAGUUUAUACAGCCCAGCAGCCGUCCCUGUGUGUGACCGCUGGCUGAGUCUGCCCGAUGAGGUGUGGCUGUCCAUCCUGUCUCUGCUGCCUCACAGUUACCUGUGCAGAGUGUCGCAGGUCUGCAGCCGCCUGCACACACUGGCUACGGACCACACACUCUGGAAACAUCUGAGGAUUGAAAACUCUACACUGACAGAGGGGUGGUUGCUCUUGGGGGGCAGACGUCGUCCUCGCAGCCUGUGUCUUUAUAGCUGCAGUGGCCUGUCUGUCACCUCCUGUGGGCUGGAGAUGUUUUUCACUCUGUGUAGAAAUUACCUGCAGGAAGUAAAGGUCACAAAUUGUACUGGUCCUGGUCUCCAUGGUGACCAGGUACUGCCUCUGAUUGGUCAGUUGUGUGAUCAUGUGACCAGUGUGGAUAUGAGCUGGAGUGGAGCAACAGACAGAGGAGUGAAAGCUCUGAGUAAAGGCUGCGCAGGGUUAAGACUGAAAUCAAUUGUCCUGAACGGCUGUCAUGUCACAGACGACCCACUAAAGAAGCUCGUCAUGAGACACAAAGAGAGUCUGUGCAGAUUGGAAUUGUUCGGCUGUCAAUUCCUUACUCCAUCAUGCUUACAGACAAUAUACCAGAUGUGUCAUGGCCUAAAGCAUCUUAACAUCGGACAGGUGCCUAAAGUCAACACACAGAGUCUCACAGUGAUGUCGUCACAGCUCAAAAGUCUAAUUUCUCUAAAUCUCACUGGUCUACAGGCAGUAACUGAUGCCACAGUUGGUUCUUUGCUUCAAAACUGUGUCAAACUUCAAAGUUUGAGCCUCAGUUCCUGUCCGAGAGUCACUGACCUGACACUGCACAACAUCAGCAAAUACACACCCUGUAUUAGAUCAGUGGAUGUGAGUGGCUGUAAGGCAGUGACAGAUGCAGGAGUUCAGUCUAUGACUCUGGGAUGUAGGAGUCUUCAGCAGCUGGAUCUCAGCUCCACUGGUACAGGAAACAGAGGGGUUACUCUGCUUGCAAAUUACUGCAGUGGACACCUCCAAACUGUCAAACUCAGUUUCUGCGACAUCUCCUCAGAGAACAUACUGGAGCUCUGCAAAUGCAGCAAAAGGUUGAAAGUGCUCCAUCUAUACGGCUGUGCCCAUCUCCCCACUGAGGGGGAGAUCAGAGACGUUAACACUACUGUCGAAGUUUACCCUCUGCCAUGACCCUCACACAAACAUCUGCACACAACUGGACUGAUGUACACCAAAUACCAAAGAGUUAAAUUUUACUGAGUAACGGAAAAUAAUAUGUAAGGAAUCAAAAUAGAGAUGCAACACAUUUUAUUUCUAAUACAUUUAUUCCUGUGGUAAGGGGGUAAAUGGGGUCAUCUGGGUCACAAGGAGGAUUGUGACUUAUGUUCAUGUUUUAUUAAAAUGCAUAUGAAUUCGA